UUUACCACAUUUUCCCAAGAUUUGAAUGUAGCACAACACAUGCCUUGACGUCUACUUCCAAAAUUUUCGUCCUGAGUGAUCAGAGAGGGUGGAUGAGUAAUUCAUGUAGUGUAGGUACGCCCUGUGCCCAGAAGAGAAAGGUGCAUUUUUCAGUCUUAAGGAGUGUGCUGUGCGUCCUCGGGCUGUCGCAAGCCUAGACAUGCCCGACACUGCCUCCAAUGAGCCCGGUUCGAAGGUUUCGGAUCCACAACAUUCCCAGAGACUUCUGAGAGUCCUUCGCACCUUUUGGCAGGAGCAAAGUUUCCACGAUGCGCUGCUGGUGGUGGACGGAGAGGAGCUUCCUGUCCAGAAAAAUAUCCUGGCUGCUGCCAGCCCCUACAUCAGGACCAAGCUGAACUACAACCCUCCAAAGGAAGAUGGGUCUACUUACAGAAUCGAGCUGCAGGGGGUCUCUAUGGCCAUCAUGAAACAAAUCCUGGACUACAUCUUCAGCGGUGAAAUCACCUUGAGAGAAGAGACCAUCCAGGACAUGGUGCAGGCAUCCGACCUUCUCCUCAUGACCGACCUCAAGUCAAUGUGCUGCAAGUUCUUGGAGAGCUGCAUCACUGCAGAGAACUGCAUCGGUAUCCGCCUCUUCUCUCUGCACUAUUGCCUCUACCACGUGCACUACGUCGCCACAGAGUUCCUGCAAACGCACUUCCGUGACGUGGCGCUGACUGAGGAGUUCAGGGAGCUGCCACCGGACCGGCUCUGCGAGGUGCUGUCCAUGGAGAAGCUGAAUGUGGGCAACGAGAAGCAUGUGCUGGAGGCCGUGGUGCGGUGGUUCGCACACGACCCGGAUGAUCGCAGGGUACGCAUGAAGGAAGUGAUGUCUGCCGUGUGGCUGCAGGGUUUGGAUCUGAGCUACCUGAGAGAGCAGGCCAUGGGGGAGCCUCUGAUGAGGGAGGUGAUCAGAGAGUACUGUCAGCCGGUGCUGACGCAGGGUCAGCUGCAGGGGGAGGCUAUGCUCGCUGCCUUCAAACCCAGAGGGUAUUCUGAGUGUAUCGUCAUCGCCGGAGGUGAGGAUCGCAAAACCAGGAAGCCGACAGCUGCGUCGCGCUGCAUGUGUCCUCUGUAUGACGCCAACAGGCAGGCUUGGAUAGAGUUGGAGCCAAUGAGUGUCGCCCGCCUCGGCCAUGGGUUGGUUGCUGCCGGGGGGUUUCUGUUCGUGGUGGGUGGAACAGAUGAACACAACGCAGUCCUGGCCACUGGAGAGAAAUAUGACCCCGACUCCAACACCUGGAGCCCGAUUCCCCCAAUGCUACAGGCUCGUCAGAACUUCGGUGUGGUGGAGCUGGAUGGUCUGAUCUAUGUUCUUGGUGGAGAGAGUGAAGAGCUGGGGCUGAUCACCGUCGAGGUGUUCGACCCCUACUUCAAUACCUGGAAAAUGCAGACCAGUAUGACCAUGAUCCGCAAGGUCGGCUGCUACGCCUCCAUGAAUAAGAAGGUCUACGCCAUCGGUGGGGGCUCCUACGGGAAGCUGUUUGACUCUGUUGAAUGCUUUGACCCCAAAACCCAGCAGUGGACGGGGCUGUGUCCUCUGAAAGAGAGAAGGUUUGGCUCGGUGGCGUGCGGCGUCGGUCAGGAGCUUUACGUGUUCGGUGGAGUCAGAAGCCAAGAGAACGACAACCCCGAGCAAAGACAAAUGACGACCUGCAAGUCUGAGUUCUACCAUGACGAGAUGAGGAGGUGGAUGUUCCUGGAUGACCAGAACCUGUGCAUCCAGACCAGCUCCUCCUUCGUCUACGGCGCCGUGCCCAUUGGAGCCAGUAUCUACGUGGUGGGGGACCUGGACACAGGCACAAACUUUGACUACAUCCGGGAGUUCCGGCGCACCACCGGGACGUGGCAUCGCACCAAGCAGAUGUUACCCAGCGACCUUUCCAAAACGGCCUGUGCCAACUUGCGCAUCGCCAAUUGUCGACUGUUCCGCCUUCAGCUGAGUCAGGGCAUGUUCCGGAUCAGAAUCUGAGCCGAGACGGCAGCCGGCAGCUCUGUCCCGGCUCCAUGUGUCUCCACUUUUGCACACUGGUACGCUCUAUCUGCUGUAGGUCUGAGUUCAUAUACAAACACUAAAGCGCUGUAGUCGCUACGCUUUGAAGAUCUCGACUCCAGUCAUUGGUUUAUACUCACGACCCUUUUGAUGUAUAUUUAUUGUUGACCAAAUGGGAUAGACUUUAAUCUGAACACAUUUUUAGCUUUAUGGGUCUUAUGACAUUUUUCUUAUCUAAAUCUAUUUUCUUUGAAGUGUGGGGUCCUUUUUUUACAACUUUCUUUUAAAGGACAUUGCUCAUUUUGAAUGCUUUCUGGUUCUCGGUUACUUGGCGAGGGAUUCAUUAUACACCAGUCACUACCCCUUUAUUACACUAGAAAUCAUGCGGCACCGUUUUUGCAGAGGCAGCGAGGCCCGCUGUGGUGCCGCUUUAUUAAAGGAUCACUCUAGAUCAUUUCAAGGCUGCAAAUAUCCCAUUAUUAUCACCGUUAUGACGUUCCAGUUCAUGAUAACUUUGCACACGUCACCUUGUGGUAGAGAUACGAGGGAAGGAUGAGUCACACAUGAAAGCAAAGUGAAAAGUUGCAGCAGGAAUCAGCUGCCUUUUUGGUAAACGCAUUAGACACUUGCCAGCUGACUCAGUCACAUGCAUAUUAAGCCUCACACGCUGGUUUGUUUUACGUGUGUGUGGAUGGAUAAUGUUCUGUUUGGCAUGUCACAGCAAAAACUGUGACCAGCACAGUUUGACAGUUUAGAAGAAGGAAGUAAAAUGAUUUUGUACAGGAAGCUGUAGGAGCACAGUUCUGAAUCCACAACCAAAGAUUUCACAAAUGUCUCUUAAACUCCAGGAAACUGUCGACGUUACUGGAGGCCCUCGCAGUGCGGUUGUGUCCUUUAAAAACUAUGGCGUGCAGCUCAGACGGUGUAGAAAAGCCACGUGGAAUUCUCCAAACUAUGCACGAACACGGGUGACUUGCUUUUGGCGACGGCACCUGAUUUCCACAUAUUCACAGAAACGUUCCCACGGGCUGAUUUCAGCGUUUGCUUCUUGGAGCACAAACUCUUUAAAGGAUUAUCACUUUUUAUCUGAGUUGGUCCGGGCCGGUCCAUUCUAAAACAGAGCACGUUACCCUGGUGAUUUACUGGAUGUGCUGCAGCUUUGCUGACCUCUGACCUGGCUUUACAGUCAGGACAGUUUUGGCAUCUCUUGACCCCGUUUGUUCUGUGCGAGUUACAGCUGCUGGUGUCUGUCCUGCACUCAGCGGCUGCGCUUACAAAAUGCCCCGUUCAUGCAGCGCAGUGUGCGUUAGGGCCGAUCGCCCCGGGCCAAAACACAACUCUUUCAAUUUGAAGCGACGCGAGAAUGUCAGGUUUUAAAGACUUGCGCAAAAACUUGCAUUAGACUGCAGUUGGAAUCACCUCUGUUUUAUUUUGUAAGCUUAUUAUUUAUCAUAACAUAAAUAUUUAAUACUUCAACACCAUAAAUAUAGCAACAGCAUCAGUUCAAGCGGUAAUUUGGUAUAAACUGAUAUGUUGCAGCUGGUCGCCUUUAUUUGCUGCACUGUUACUGGUUGGUUUGCUACACAAGCAUUUGCAGCUCACCUCACAAAAACACUCCUGGUUUUUUUUAUUGUUAUUUAUUCCAAAAUAUAUGCAAAAUGUCAUCUCUUUUUUGUUUUUGUUUGUUUUUUUGCUCUCUAUUAUUACCAAGCAGCAACCUCCAGGGCUGGAAAAUGAAGCCAGUCCAUCAGUAUUACGAGCUGUGGUCUGAGGAGCUUGGAAGACUGAACAAGCUUCUUGGAUGAGAGGUGAAACAGCUUCAGGAAACUUAAAGAAGUCCAAGCUCCUCAGACUACCGUGACCUGCAUGACUGAGAACCUACACAGACAUUAAGAUCUGUGGUUCCUCGGAUCAGUUUCUGUCAGUAUCCAGACUCGCAGGUUAAACUGUCCCCAUGCACAGCAGAAAUAAAUACGUUUACAGCCUCCUACAAAAAGACAGUUUCUGUUUUCUAUACAGGCGCGACUUCUCUGGCCCCCACACAGACCGACCUACCUGCUAGCUGUCUGCAAGGCUCCCCUCACCUGGAGCGGUCAUGUUCCAUGAAUUGAAGCCGGACCUCUCGAUGGAGGUUGCGGUGCCCAUAUCUAGACGUUCAGUUGCCAUUUAUUUGCUCUCCAUGUUACAAAAGUCUCCAGAGACUGGGGGGAACGCUCUAGUCACCUUCGUUAACACCUCUACACGUUUUUCUAAUAAUAAAUUGUCAAACACAAGAGUUGAUUGCUUCAAUAUGACAGUGAUUCCAAGGGCCUAAAUAUUACAUUUCGAUAAUGAUCAACUAUAUGUAACAGUUGGCUAAAAAUAGUUAUUGGCUCAACAAUAACGGAUUAAAUAUCGAAAUAAUUUGCUACAAAAUAAUAAAUAAUGCACCUUCUGUCAAUUCAAAGGGUUUACGUGUGAGGACGUCAUAAAAAUCACAUUAAAAGGAUUUAAACAGCCGCAGAUGAACAACCACACAGGGCACAUUACAUCGUGACAUUAUUUAACUAAAUCUAAGCCAAAAAGCAGAAGCAGUGUGUGAAAUCCUAAAGACGCCGUGAUUCAGCAGCUUCUAGAACCACCUUUAUGUCCCACCGCAACACCUCCGUCCGGCUGAGGUCUGGACUUUGAUUGAAUCUCCUUUCUGUGGCUGUAAAACAAGACCAAAUCUUUAUAUGUAGAAUUUUUGGACUUCAAAUUGUGAAAAGUGAGAAUGAAAAUUUCCAAGAGAGACCUGCACAAAGGUUACAACAACUACGACACAUAAGAAGUAAAAAACAAAUACAAUAUUCCACACAGACAAGUGAGCAACAGCAGAUCAUUAAGAGCUACAUUAAAAACAGUCACAUUUCUGACAAUGUCAGCUCUUUCUGUAGAUUAUUCCAGAUUAAACGGGAAUAAUGCCUUUUUUCUCCGCUCUGUCCUGAUUCUCAGGACGAUCCUUUGUAUGACGCUGUGAGAGCGAACGCUCUAUUGGUUGUGGCUUUUGCACAUAUAAACACACAAAUAAGAGGAAACCAGCACAGGCAGAGUCUGACCUCACAACCCAGCUGAUGUCUUUCCUCCUUGGUAUUGUGUUAACAGACCAGCAAACUGCCAAAGUUUGCACACUUGCAGAUGAUCAGUUAAUCGAGUGCAUCUGACUCUCAGUACCAGGCUGCUCGACCGCUUAUUUCCCAUGGAAGCAGUGAGGCUGCAUCUAGUGUUUCACACGCUGCUUCUGCCUCAGGGUUUAUUUUCGGUGAAAGAAACAACGACUCAUUGUCACAGCGUCGUGUAUUGUAGUUUAUCAGAGUUGGAUUUAUCAAAUUUUAGGACCCGAUAAGGAGCAAAUGACUUUUAUCUCCUGAUAUUUAAAACUUAAGAAGUGAUACAGGGUGCGCUUUCUCGUUACCAUGACUAAUUGCAAAAUCGCUAAAAGAAAUGGCAGGAAAUGUGCAAACCUAAACACAGCUGGUGCAACAGGCUGUGAGGCACACAGACGAAUAUGAAGCAACAACUACAAUGAAACGGUUUGUGUUUUGUGCUGUAAACGGAUUGUUGACAUCAGUGGUGUUAAAGAAGACCCAUUUACGUCGACCCGGACAUAAAUGGGUCUGUUGUGGCCGCGUUUCUGCCUGUAUAGAUGUGAGGAAAGACGGAGCUGACAGAGGUUUUUAAACCGUCUGAUUUUCAUCAUCUGACACAUUUGUUUUGUUUUUUCACACUAUCUGAAAUGAAUAAAAUGGCCAUAAUUGGACAGAAAGCUCUGAUAAGACAGCCCAGCUGUAACAUUCCAGGGUGUCUUAACAUUUAAAGUAAGUCAUAUGGUUUCCAAGCUGCUCCGUGUACGAAACAGCACUUGCUCUCAUGUGUUCGCACCUCAUGACUGUCUUUGUUGUGAUGUGCUGGGAAACAUUAUAAGGGAAAAUAAUGGCCGUCUAACCUGAAAAUAACCAAAGCUGUGUUGUGAAAGAAAGAGGGAGUCUUGUUUCACUUUGUACUUUUGUAACUGGUGCAUGAGGAAGUUUUGUAAGAUGUUUCCCAUGAGUGUCGUUCAUUUACGUCAGAGGAAUUAAAACUGUUGGUGGUCAAGCUGUA